AUGCCUCCUACAAAGUGGUACUGGAGUACGCCAGAAGCAACAGAAAACGCAACGGAGAGGUUCAUGGGAGACAAGGAUCUGUUCACAAAACUCAUGAUCCUUAUUCGAGGGACGACCACCACCGCUGAAUUCCUCCCAUGCCAUUAUGUCUGCAAAAGAUGGUCCAAUAUCGCCUUCAACCUUCUUUACUCUGUCGUAUGCCUGACGGGCGACAAUUUCUUCAAGUUUCUGAGCGCGGAUAUAGGAGAGAGGCGUCGAGGUCCCCUUCCUACCAAGGCGUUGACACUUUCUGGGACAGCCAGCUGGCCCAACAAACACUUCCCCACGGGAUUGACGCCUGUUCCUCUUGACAAACGUAUUCGCCAACUUGCUAGACUUGUGGGCCGUUACAUGCUUUCGUUGGAAACAUUCUCACUACACAUCGAUGAUUCCAAUAUGCACUAUCCCCACAGAAAAGAGCCGCGCUCAAGGGACGAUACGUGGCCUGCUUUCGAUGUGUCAUCAAUUCAACAUCUGUUGAGGAAAAUUCCUCCUUCAUGCAAGAAUAUCGAACUCGAUACUUCUGGCUACGAGAUAACUGGUGAAAAAAUGCAUCUAUGCAGUUUCAUCGCACCGCGUAUUUCUGAACUCGAACAUGUCCGGCUAAGGCUCCGUCAACUCUGUAUGGAGUUCAUACUGGUGCUACCCCCGGGGUCGAGGAUUCCAAAAGUCGUAGCACCGGAGCUUCUCUCGUUGGUUAUCAGUUGUGAAGUAGAUUUCGAGGCUAAAACUUCGACGGCGCCUUGCCCCUGUGACACGAUGGUUAAACACGUUGAUGUGAAGCAGCCCCUUCGCAACCAUAUGCACAACCUUCAGUCUUUCCCAAAAAUCCAGAGAUUGGAAGUAUAUGAAAGAGUGAGCCAUCCGGCGGCUGGGGCAGAUUCAACGAGCAAACCUAGAACUUAUGAGCAGCACCCCGAAAUACGUGACGCUAUAGAACACGCCUGGAGGUUUACUGAAUGCGGAGUGAGGCUUCCAGAAGCACCUGGGGCCAAUCUUAUUGAAUUAGCGGGGAACCUCGCCGGCCAUACACUCAGACUCAAUUGGAGAAUGCCACCUAAAUGGUUACCAGCGGAUGUUGGGGAUAGAUGGGUAGAAUACGCCGCUGACCUGACGGCUACGGCUGAGGGAUUCGAGUUGGUAUCCCGGGAAGAAGAUCAAGCUGAUCCGGCAACUCCUGGUGAGGACUUCGAGAUGGUACUUUGA